CCCUUCCAGGUCCUUAUGCUGACGCUACAAAACGACCCCCCCUCGCUCGAGACGGGGGUGCAGGAUAAGGAGAUGCUGAAGAAGUACGGGAAGUCGUUCCGCAAGAUGAUUUCGUCGUGCCUGCAGAAAGACCCCGAAAAAAGGCCCACAGCUGCCGAACUCCUAAGACACAAAUUUUUCCAGAAAGCGAAGAACAAAGAAUUUUUACAAGAAAAAAUGUUGCAGAGAGCCCCAACAAUCACCGAAAGAGCCAAAAAGGUCCGGAGAGUCCCGGGUUCCAGCGGGCGUCUUCACAAGACGGAGGACGGCGGCUGGGAGUGGAGUGACGACGAAUUAGCUGCCAUUCUACAGCUCUGGUCUCCCAGGGUUAAAGAAUCGUCUCAGAAUUCAGAGCUCUUUCCAUCGGCUGAGCCCACAGGCCCGUUGCUCAACAUCUCCUCUCAGGCUCCUGCUCAACUACCUCAGCCUGCGGGACAAGCUCCUGCACAGCCACCCCCAGCGGUCCUCCCUCCAGCUCCUCAGGCUCCUGCCUCGGCUCCUCCAGCGGCACAGGCACCUUCUGCCCCUGUUGCGGCGGCGGCCCCUGCGCAAGAAGAUACGAAAGUUCCCAUCAGCCUCGUUCUAAGGUUAAGGAAUUCAAAGAAAGAACUCAAUGACAUUCGGUUUGAAUUCACCCCUGGGAGAGAUACUGCUGAUGGGGUAUCCCAAGAACUCAUCUCGGCUGGGCUUGUGGACGGCAGGGACUUAGUAAUAGGUAACACCAGAUGCUGCUGAAUUGCACGCUCCCCC